AUGGCAGGAACUGAAACGAACAAGAUUUCUCUUGUGCGCCCGACCUUCGUAACUUACGUACACAAGGACGUCGACCGAGCUUGUCGCUUUCUAGAUGAUUUCGGUCUGGUCAGAUGCGGCCAAACUGGCGACAAGUUCUUCUACCGCGGCUAUGGCGUAGAUCCGUGGGUUUACUCGGUGGAGAAAGGCGACAGCAAUGAGUUUGGCGGAGCCGGAUUUGUGGUGGAAAGCGAACAAGAUUUGCAACGUGCCAGCCGCAUCCUCCCCAACGCCUCAGAGAUCCACAAUCUCGAUUCUCCUGGCGGCGGCAAAUGCGUUACUUUCAGAGAUCCAGUGGAUGGUUUUCGCUUCUAUCUGGUGUGCGACCAGGUCCUCAAUGAUGAGCCCAUCUUUCCUUCUCCUCAAUUGAAGUUUAAUUUUGUAUGCCUUGCCCUCUACGCCUUUGAACACUUGCACAUAUUCUAA